AUGACUUCUGUUACCUUCACCAACGAGAGCUUUGCCAGGAAGCUUCAAUCUCAGACUCUUGGACUAUGGCUUCCCCGCGACAAAAAGACAAUUCUUCAAUGGGUCGGCCAGAAGGUUGAACAACUGGCUACCCAGAACUUGCCUAUGAACCCCAAUGUACAAGCAUUCUCCGACUAUGUUGAAGGGAAUAACACCUUGAGAAGCCUUGCCCAGCUGAUGUUCACUGAGGUUCCCCCUGAUUACCACAAUGGCACCGAUCCUGUUGGGGCCCCUCAGAUUCGUGACUUUGCCACGUUUAUCCAGGUCUUGAAUACCAUCAUCGUCACGGGUCCUGAGUUCUUUGAGGUAGACGACCCAGAUGCGAUGGGUUUGAUCGGGUUUCCUAUCAAUGCAGUUCUGGAUUGGCCAAUGGGUACCAAGUCAGGUUGGGCUUUUUGGUAUCUACCAGAGGUCAAUCAGAAGUUUCAGCCAAUUCUUCAUGACUUUGAGACCUUUCUUGCAUCUUCUGCCUCGAAAGUGGUUCUCAAAGCCCCCAAUGGUUGGCUAGGCCCCAAAGGCCAGGCCAUGAUCGUUGCGAAGGCCAACCUGGAUGGGCUCACGCGUACCUUCACCCAAAUCUUCGACUGUCCAGACCCGAGCGAUCCUAUCUACCUUGGUUUCGAGUCUUGGGAUCAGUUCUUCACGCGAACCUUCAUGCCAGACCUCCGUCCUGUGGUACAGCCAAUGAAUACUAGUAUUCUUAACAACUCCUGCGAAUCUGGUCCCCUGCAGUACAAGAAGAACGUCAAGGCGACCGACUUCUUCUUGCUGAAGGGUCAGCCGUACUCCCUGAACAAUAUGCUUAACUCCAAUGAAUCCUAUGUAAAGCAGUUCGCAAACGGAUCUGUCUAUCAAGCCUUCGUCAGCGCCCUCAGCUAUCAUAGGUGGAAUUCGCCAGUCAACGGCAAAGUGGUUGACGUCUUCAAUGUCCCUGGCACAUACUACAGCGAGAGCCCGUUCCAGGGGUUCCCAAACCCUGAUGCCAAUGGACCAAACAACUCGCAGCCGUAUAUAUCCUCUGUUGCUACACGUGGUAUUAUCUAUAUCCAAGCUGAAGGCCCUAUUGGGCUAAUGGCUAUUGUUUAUGUUGGCAUGGCUGAGGUUUCCAGCUGCCAGUUCACGGUUACUAAGGGUCAAACUAUCUCGAAGGGAGAUCAGCUUGGCAUGUUCCAUUUUGGAGGCAGUACUCACUGCAUGGUUUUUAGACCCGGUGUUAAGCUGGUCUUCAAUCAACCUCCAGGUGAACCGCAGGAUGACGGCACAUGGGACUGGAGUGCAAAGAAGAAUCUUCCAGUCAACGGCGCACUGGCAUUGGUCACAGAUGAGCCUUGA